GAAGCCAGAUGAGCCCGCAGAGAAGUGCGUGUACACCGCGACCAGCCGAACCCAACAGUCGCCGAGAGGACAAGGAAGUUCGGUUAUCAGAAGCAAUGCUGACUGACCUGCACGCAGAUAUGGUACCGAAGCGCGAUCCGAUGAAGUUAGAGGACCGAGAGCACACACAGGCAGCGUGUGAGUGCCAAAGUCAAUGCAACAACUGCAAAAUCUUCCUGAGUUUAUUCAUCCUCUCGCUCUCUCUGCACCUCAUCACGCUCUUCUGCUACCUGGACCUGCGCUCGGAGCUCAAACGAGAAAUAUCGCAGAAGAACAAAGAUGAUGUGUCUUCAACGGGGCCAUUGCCGCACUAUGAAGCCACAGCGCCAGUGCCCCGGUUACCGGACACCGACAACCCAACAAUAGGCGAACAGAGCAGAUGGAGGGAUGAACAUACGAGAGAGCUGGAAACAGUCAUUCAUCGUACCAAACGUUCAGAGAGUAAUGGAAAAAAGAAAGGAGAACGUAAAAAAGGCAAGAAAGGGCCCCCUGGCGCUCCUGGACCUCCAGGCCCACCUGGUCCACAAGGCCCCCCUGGAAUACCAGGGAUACCGGGGAUCCCAGGCAGUAAUGCAAUGGGUCCCUCUGGCCCUCCUGGACCAGCAGGGCCUCCUGGACCACAAGGGCCACCUGGACCACAGGGACCUGCAGGUGGUGCAGAUAAAGGCAAAUACAGAGAGACACAGCCAGCUGUGGUGCAUCUUCAGGGUCAGGAAACCACUAUCCAAGUGAAAGAAGAUUUGUCAGAAGGUGUGUUGAAGAAUUGGAGAAUGAUCACAAUUCAUCAGAGAGUGUUUAAAAUGCACUCACGCUCUGGAGAGCUGGAAGUCUUACAGGAUGGAACAUACUUUAUAUAUAGUCAGGUAGAAGUUUAUUACCUGAAUUUCACGGACAUAGCAAGUUAUGAGGUGAUGGUGGAUAAGACUCCAUUCUUACGCUGCACGCGUAGUAUUGAGACCGGCCAGCGCAAGUUCAACACCUGUUACACAGCGGGGGUGUGUUUGUUGCGAGCGCGCCAGAGGAUCUCCAUCCGCAUGGUAUACGAGGACACCUCCAUCUCCAUGAGCAACCACACCACCUUCCUCGGCAGCAUCCGCCUAGGGGAUGCCCCGCCUGCAGGACACACCUGAGCCAAAUCAGCUUGCUAGAUCAAAACCACUGAACUCAUCUGAGCCAGUAUGUCUCGUUAGCCCCACCCCAUGGACGUACAAAGUCUAGAGCCAAAUAAGACAAUUUAUUAACUAAUUGGCUCAUCUAAAUUUCUGCCAAACCAGUGCUGUCUUGAGCCUGUCAGCCUGCAGUGUGAAUCAGGCUCGAAGAGGAAAUAUGUCUGUGUGGCUUCACCAACACUGAACAGCAUUCACCACUAAUAAAAACUCUCACUAGUUAAACUCACUUUUGGAACUGAAAUCCUCUACCCAUCCUCAAACAUGACCAACACCACAGACAAGGAAUUACACUGUCUAUUUACAAAUUAAAUCAGCAGUUCUAGCCAGUUUCACAGAUCAGGUGUCUGUGAACAGAGGAAUUGGAUCGGUCCUCACUGUUGCUGUGGAGUGUGCAUGUAAUAUGCCUAUCCAGCUACAAGUGCCUACAUUAAAUACAGUGACUGGAUCCACUGAGAGCUGAUCAAUGAAGAGGAAGUGUUUUAUGUGAGACACUCUUGUGCUCGACGUACCAGUGCUCACCAGUAGCUCCACUGCAAACAGACCCAGUCUCUAUAGUAUACACACACACACACAAAUAGUGAACAUGUGUACUAUUCUAUUAAGUAAGCACUGAUAAUGGCAAUGUAUAUAAAGCAGAAUAUCUAUUUUCAUAUAUCUCUGAUCCUUUACACACCCAGUCCAAAUUCCAUUGUUCGUAUGAAGUAAUCAAAUUCUGAAAAUGAUAGCAAUGUAAAAAAAAAUUGGUUCUAUUCUCUUUAGCUGAUUCUUUAAUCAUUGCAUUUUCGAAGGAGAAAAAGUGUUCACUUGUACUGUAUAUGAUGGCAGCAUUUCAGUCACUGAAAUGGAUGAUUCUUCAUAAUGAUUUAAUGUCCCUUUGAAGGAAUAUUACGGGUUCAAUUCAAGUUAAACUCAAUCAACAGCAUUAGUGGCAUAAUGUUGAUUACCAUAAAAAAUAAAACAUUAAUUAUUUUCUUUAAAGAAAAGAAAAUAAGAAAAAAUUUAGCUUAAAGUGAGGCACUUACAAUGGAGGUAAAUGGAGCCCAUUUUUGGAGGAUUUAAUGGCAGUUUAAAAUGUAAAGGUUUUAAAGUUGUUUUAAUCGUAGUUUUUGGGUUUACGCCAUCAUGGCAACAAAGUUGUAAAAUUGGUUAUAACUUUACACAGAAAAGGUUACUAUGCGAUUUUAUCACACUAACAUGCAUAUUGUUUGUUUCGUGGCUAUAUUUUUGAAUGUUUACGAAUUGAAUCCAUUCAAUUCCAUUGUAAGUGUCUCAGUGUAACCCAGAUGAUGUUUUUUUUUUUUUUUUUUAAAGGUGGUACAAGUCAAAAUAAAUGUUUUUGUUAAUCACCAUUGUGCCACAAAUGCUGUUGAUUGAGUUUAACUUUUACUGAACCUGGAAAAUUCCUUCAGUAUGAUUAAUCUCUCUGAAUGCAAAAUACCAUGUGUCUCCAGUAGGAGUCAGUAGUGCAGCAAGUGGAGCACUUAGAAAUUUGGAUGAGUAUGGCUGUGUUCGAAAAAGCAUACUAGAAAGUAGCAUGCUUAAUAUUGCUGUGGUAUAUAGUAUACUGUGGAGUGUGUACACAUUUUCUCUAUGCAUCAGGGUUAGGUUAGUGGUCAGAUGACUGGCCAGACUACAUUUGCCAAAUUGUGCUGUAUACAACAGAGCAUAUUGUGUGGAAUACUGUACAACGUAACACAUUUAACUUCACUAUUUCCAAGUAUGUCAGAUGAGCCAGAAUUAAUAGCAGUCCUAAUGUUAACAUCUUUCUUGACUCAUUUGAUCUGUCUGACAAAUGCUUAGACCUUUUUUAUACACAAAUGGUUGUAAACUGCUAAAUAAAAUAGUUUUAGCUUCUAAGAUAACUGGAUGCUGCUCACAGAAUUAAACAUGCAACAUGCAACAACAUAGCUUACUAUGCAUAGAGCCUUCUAUUUCACAUACUGGUUUUUUUAUUUUAUAUAUAGUAGGCAGUAUACAGUAUAUACUGUUCAGUAUUCAGUAAGUAGUAAGAGAAUUCCAUUCGGAACAGCAUUUUGAGUCUUGAGACGCUGAUUAAUACUUCAGUUCAUUCAUCACACUGGUGUUUUUAGUUCAGUGUGCUCUGUUUUUUUUACUGCAUUUCAUACAUAAAAUUUGCAUACAAAUAGAAUAGUGUAACAUAUUCUUUGUCUCUCCAUCUGACACCCACAGAUAAGUCAUGAACUGAUCCUGCAGGUAGUCUCCAGCACCUUACUGGCAGUGUAGGACUGUGGGUCUGAAUGAGUUGUAGAGAAAGACAAUUAUGUGAGUGUACUUUUGUCAAUAAUAGAUGAGAUCUCAGAUCCUCACUGUGAGAACAAACUACAUUACUGUGCAUGUUCAAAGGUCUUGGAAUAAAACAAUGGGAAUUAUCUAGAACUUUCUGAAGAGCGCUGGUAAUCUGCCUCAGGUUUUCUCUGCAUGUUCCCUCAAGUCUCCACAUGGAAAUGUAAAAAUGAGGGGGAAUGGAAAAGGAGAGGGGUAUAAAUUACUGAUUAUGUUCUCACAGAUUUGCUGGUUAUAUCUCUCAAUGUCUUCUCUUAAACAUCAGAUCUGACCGACAACUUGUUUUAGUUUUGUUUUUGGUACACAAGGUGUAUGCUGUAUGUAGUUCUGUUUUACCGAAGAUUAUGUAUAUUUGUAAAGUAUACAGGGA